CGGCAUGACGAAAGAUUUGCAACUGAGUGUUGUUAAUACGUCAACCACGCCGCCUACGACGAAUACACAAAGAUUGAGUUGGGCAACGUCCAUGUUCUACUUUGGCAUGCUGGCUGGCCUCUACCCGAUGACGUUUGCGCUGCAGCGAUUCAACCUAGGCCGCAUCCUGGGAGGUGUCGUUGUUAUCUGGGCUACCAUUUGCAUGCUCACGGCGGCUGUGACGACCUACAAGGGUCUCUAUGCCCAGCGGUUCUUCCUGGGGUUCGUCGAGUCCAUCAUCCCGACUGGCUUCAUGUGUAUCAUAAGCGGCUACUACACGCAAGAAGAGCAAGCGCUGAGGCAGUCGUGGUGGUUCUCUGCGACUGGGCUGUUCACUAUCAUCGGCUCUGCGCUCAACUACGGCUUCGCACAAAUUAGUGGUGGUGACUUGAAGAGAUGGCAGUACAUUUAUAUCUUGGCGGGAUGUCUGACUCUCUUCUUUGGCAUCUGGUGUUUCUUCAUUCCCAAUUCCCCGGCAUCAGCAUGGUUCCUCACACCAGCAGAGCGUAUCGUCGCCGUCGAACGUCUCCGCAAAGGCCAGACCGGUGUGCGAUGCCAGAAGAUCAAGAUGUCGCAACUCAAAGAAGCGUUCCUGGACAUCAAACUCUGGCUCGUCUUCAUCCUCAUGGCUUCAGCAUAUACUGUCAACGGAGCAGUAUCUGGCUUCGGGCCACUGAUCGUGAGCACAUUCGGCUGGUCGUCUCUCCAGUCUAUCCUCCUUCAGUUCCCACUCGGCGGCAUCUGUCUCAUCACCAUCCUGCUCUGCGGGUACCUCUCCUCACGUAUUCCGAAUAUACGCCUCAUCCUGCUGGUGGUAAACUGUCUCCCCGUCAUCGCUGGCUGCGCAAUGAUUUGGAAGUCCAAGUGGACACAUCACGCCGCCACACCGGUCGCCGGGUACUCCAUCAUCGGGACUUUCGGCGCAGUCGUCAGUCAGACGAUUGCUAUUGGUAUGAGCAAUGUCGCGGGCGCCACGAAGAAGAGCGCCAUGGCUGCUGCUAUCUUUGUAGCCUAUUGUGUUGGAAACAUCGUCGGGCCGCAGCUCAUCAAAUCAGAGACAAAGGUUAAUCAUUACCCGGAGCUGUGGAUGGGGUUGAUCAUCUGGUACGUGACUUUCGUGAGGUUUUAUCUAAAUCGACGCCAAUGCUGACGAGAUUGUAGUUACUGCAUUACUAUUGUAUCAGCUGUGGCAUUGUACUUUGUGCUGCUGCGCGCGAACAAGAAGAGAGAGGGCAUGGCUGUAGACGAGGAUGAGCGAGACAGGUUGGCGUUUAUGGACUUGACGGACAAGCAGAAUCCGUACUUUAGAUAUGUGUUGUAGAAGAUGUGCAGUACGUGCCAAGAUGUGUCUGCAGGUUGCUGAUCGAUCGCCGUGAUUGCCGUUUCGGCCCGCGCGGCAAGUUUGCGGACCUAGAAUGUUCUAUAAUUAUAUAUAAGCAUUGCGUGAUGGGUGUUGUAACUAGUGCAGAUGAAGAUGUCACCUCAAACAAA